AUGAAAGUACGGCCCCUGAUCCUGGUAAUGGGAACCACGGCCUCGGGCAAAACACGCUUGGCUCUACAAUUGGCACAGGCCUUGAAUGGCGAGAUUAUCUGCGGAGAUGCACUCCAGUUGUGGCAGGGGAUCUCUAUUUUAUCGGCAGCUCCCACUCUAGCGGAGCAGACCGCAAUCAAGCACCAUCUUUUCGGAUUGUAUGCUCCAUUUCAAGAGGAGGACGGCUCCAAGUUCGUUUACGAAAUGAAAACGGUCAGGGACUGGUAUGCCAAUGUGUGCAAUGUUCUUCGCGAAAUACACCCCCCUAGCAUCCCUAUCAUGGUUGGGGGGACGCACUACUUUUUCCUGUUUUUCUUGUCACAGCCAGGCACAAAAGACCUCCUCUGCAGUAUUGGCCUGCAGCCCAUCCUACUGUUUUGUGACGCACAUGCAGCCCUGACUAGCCACGUAGCUACUAGAGUGGUCUCCAUGAUCAGACAGGGGCUGCUGAACGAGGUCUCGCUACUGUUGUCCAAUCUAGAGCCGAACAGAGUCACUCGCAUUGUUGAUGGCUAUGUGCGGGACGGAGUCUCAGAUGGCAUCCUGCAGGCAAUAGGCCUACGUGAGUUUGUCUUAGCUGCGCAGCAAAGCGACGCAUUCAGGGGCUUGGUCAAGAAUGGGUCGCUAUCGAAGCUAGACCCUUUGCUUGUAUCCACUUGUGCCGAUGCAUUGUUUUGCUCUAUACUCAAAGACACAUCUGCUCGCGCUGAUGGCAUAUUGCGCUUUGCCGACUUGCUGCAAAUACCUAUGGAGGCAGCGCUGCAACUAGGGACAGUUCUGCUGGAGGUGUUUGAUAAUACUGUCGCCUACGCCAAACAGCAAAGAAAAUGGGCUCGCAAAUUGGAGCGCCAUGGUCUCUCGAUUCUGCACAUAGAUACGUCUGACUGGAAGGAGGACAACAUUAUGCCUCUGAUACUAGACGAGGUCGCUAAGGUCUCGUGCUAUGCAAAGAUAAACUACACGUUUUUACCACUAGGCCCGCAAAUACUCUAUUGCGACACUUGCAAGGUAUCCAUUACGGGAGAAAAGGUGUAUCAGGAGCAUAUCCGAUCGCGUGCCCACAGACGCAGACUCAAUAAUGAAAGAAAAAAGUCGACCUGCGAUGGCUCACAUCCUUGGCCAGGCUAA